AUGACAAGCGGUGACCAAGCGUUAAGUUUGCUCGAUGUUUAUUCUUUAGGUGUCAAGUCAUUAGGUAUUUCCAAAGAUACACUUUUAAAGGAGGCCAAGGCAAACCUCACAAGUUACAACUGGGGAACUUCGAUGGUUUUUGCUACCAACCACAAGAAAACAGUUUCUGUUGAAAUGUCAGUCACAAAGAACAAUCUUGUGAAUGCUGUGUAUUCUGAAAAGUUUGACCUUAAUGCCACCAAAUCGAGCAAACUUGCAUGGAUUGGUUAUUGUGACUCUCCACGGGAUGGUUUCUCCUAUUCUUACAGCUUUGCUUUUUCUUACAUGUAUUAG